AUGAGAAUACAGUUGGAGCAGCCGGGGCCAGGAAGCCAAGCAGGCACCGACUGGGACCGGAGGCAGGACAAAGCAACAUGGAGGCACGAACACAAAGACAAAUCAGGCAUUAAAGAGACAGCCACCACUGACAUUAUCUGCACACUCUGUGUUCUGUCUUCUAGGUAUUCAAUUUACCCGUAUUCUGUUCUUUCUCGAUGUGGCAUCAAACACCCGAAGCCGUUACCUUUAUUUGGUAACAUAUUCAUGUUUCGCCAGGGAUUUUUCAACCCAAUCGCUGAUCUCAUAAGGACACAUGGCAGAGUUUGUGGGUACUAUUUGGGUCGCAGACCAGUGGUGGUGGUCGCAGACCCUGACAUGCUCAGACAAGUGAUGGUCAGAGACUUCAGCAGUUUCCCAAACAGAAUGACGAUUCGCUUCGCCACCAAGCCCAUGUCUGACUGCCUGCUCAUGUUGAGGAACGAGCGCUGGAAGAGGGUGCGGAGCAUCCUGACCCCGUCCUUCAGCUCUGCAAAGAUGAAAGAGAUGGUUCCACUCAUCAACACAGCCACCAACGUUCUGAUGAACAACCUGAAUGUGUACGCAGAGUCAGGAGAGGCCUUUGACAUCCACAGAUGUUUUGGCUGCUUCACCAUGGAUGUUAUCGCCAGUGUGGCAUUUGCAACUCAGGUGGACUCUCAGAAAAACCCAGAUGACCCAUUUGUCCGUCACGCUCAGAUGUUCUUCUCCUUCUCUUUCUUCAGGCCCAUCACGCUAUUUUUUAUCGCAUUUCCUUUCAUCGCGGCUCCUCUGGUGGGACUCAUCCCCAACAAAAGACUUGCCAAUAUGAAUCAUUUCUUUAUCAACUGUAUCCAGAAGAUCAUCACGCAGAGAGAGGAGCAGCCUCCUGAACAG